AUGGUUGUUAGCGGCACGGAAGUAGCAAAGAACAACACCAAAGACUCAUGCUGGGUUGUCAUCCACGGCCAAGUAUGGAAUGUCACAGAGUUUCUUGAGGAGCACCCAGGCGGCGCAAAGCUCAUCUUCAAUUGCGCCGGCCGCGACGCAACAGAAGAAUAUGACUCCAUUCACAAUCCAGAUCUCAUCGCAGAGACCCUCUCACCAGACUGUUGCCUGGGACCCGUAGACCCUUCAACACUUCCGCAGCAGUCAUCAGCACCCGAACCAGAGAAGCCGAAGCCUGCCUUCCCACAUUUGGGUGCCAUCAUUAACGCCGACGACUUUGAGAAGGUGGCGGAAAAGUAUCUGUCGGAAAUGGGAUGGGCGUACUACUACUCUGGCGCGGAGGACGAGCUGAGCUUGCAGGACUCGCGGCGCAUCUUCCGGCGGCUGGCACUCCGUCCGCGGGUGCUUCGUAACGUCGACGCCAUCGACACCAAGACUUCCAUUCUAGGCCUCCCUUCAUCCCUGCCGUUCUACAUUUCGCCGACAGGACAGGCAAAGUACGCUCACCCGGAAGCCGAGACACUCAUUUCAAAGGCGGCAGGAAAGGAAGGGAUCAUCUACUGCAUGCCCACGAAACCUAGCGCCUCGAUAGAUGCCAUCUUCGGCGCGAGGGUCAGCGACCAGCAACCACUUUUCUUCCAGCUAUACGUGGACCGAAACCGCGAAAAGGCACAGGCCACGAUCCGCAAGGCAGAGAGUCUCGGGGCAAAGGCUAUUUUCGUGACGGUGGAUUCACCCGUGAUCGGAAAGAGGGAAAGGGAUGAGAGGUUGACUGUGGGAGACGAGCCGUUUUCCGAACCGAGCGGUGUAGCCAAAACGACGGCUUCGGGGUUGCUCAACGCCGGGCUGACGUGGACCGAUUUGGAAUGGAUCCGGGAAACGACGCCACUGCCGAUUGUCAUCAAGGGAAUACAGUCUGUCGAGGAUGCUCUCAUCGCGUAUGAGCACGGCGUUGAUGGCAUUGUCCUAUCAAACCAUGGCGGACGGAGUCAGGAUACCGCACAGGCGCCAAUGCUGACGCUAUUGGAGAUCAGGAGGUACGCGCCGCAUCUUCUUGCGCCCGAGGCGAAGAAGAAGUUCCAGGUCUUUGUGGAUGGAGGUAUCAGGCGCGGUACGGAUAUUCUCAAGGCACUGGCGCUGGGUGCGAGCGCUGUUGGUAUCGGAAGACCGUUUUUGUACUCCAUGACGGCAGGGUACGGAGAGGCUGGAAUCAGAAGAUUGCUGCAAAUUUUGAGGCAUGAGUUGGAGACUAAUAUGGCACUGGCGGGGGCUGCGAGUGUGAAGGAUAUUGUGCCUGAAUUGGUAAACAGUGAGAGGGCAGAAAAGGAGGUAACUGGUAGGGUGAAGUUGUAA